CAGGUGUAGCUUUGUUUUUGUUGCUAGCCCAGCAGCGGUCAAAAAGCUAUGCGUUUCGCACCGUUUGAUACCCCCCGGUAGUAGCCAAGUUGAGCUGCAGUAGCGUGGGGACGAAUGGGGCGAACGCAGCAGCAUUGCUUGUGAUCGCAGCGAUGCUCGCAUUCCUGCUCCUAAGUUGUGCACAAGCGCUCAACCCCGCAGCGCUCGCCCGCGAGGCGCUCGUCGAGUACCGCGCCAACGAACGCAUCGCGCCCGACAAGGUGCUGGCGAAAGUGCUCCGAACUAAUCCGUGCACGGACGGCGAGCGCCGCGCGGCGGCCGACGCAUUCCUAGGUACCGCGGCCCGGCUGCGGCGCUACGAGUGGCUCUGCAAAGACGUGCACGGGGAUGCUGAAGAAAUAGCGGCGUCACUGCUCCAAGCGAGGGACGAGGACCGGACCACGACGGAGUGGCCGUCGGACCCGAACGAACGGCUGAGCGUCGAGAGCGGCGCGCCGCUCUGGCUCUGCGCGCGCUGGCGGCGCGAUCUGGGCGACGACGAAGCGCGAGCCGUCGCGUUCGCGUCGACGAGCCGCGGGCCUGUCACGUUGCGCGUGAGAGACGAGGUUGCCAUAGACGCCGUCGAGGCGUCCCUCGGCGUGCGAACCGCGAGACCGCCUCGAAACAUUGGUGCGCCCCGCGCGCUGACGCUGACCGAGGGCCGGCCGCCCGGCGGCGUCUGGGCGCUGCCCGGCUGGGAGGAGGCGUUGUUUGAGGUGCAGGACGCGGGCUCGCAAGCAAUUGUGGAGGCGUGCGGCGAUGGCUUCGGCACGGCCCUGGAUAUGUGCGCGGGCAACGGCGGCAAGUCCAUACCGCUCGCGGCGCGCUGCCGAGAGCUCUGGUGCCACGACGUCGACACCGAGCGCCUGAAGCGCCUCCGCGCGCGGGCGCGCCGCGCCGGCGUGUCUGUUCAAUGUACGGAUGGAACUCUUCCGGAUGCGACGUUCGACCUCGUCCUCGUCGACGCGCCCUGCAGCGGGUCGGGCGUUUUGAGGCGGCUCGGCCGCACGAUGAGCUUCGACGUAGCUGAUGGUGACGAAGAGGAUCUCGCCGCGCGCCGGCGCAGCCGCGACCGAGUAGUCCACGCGCGCGCGGACGAUGCGCUUGCUGAUUUCGCUCGCUUGCAGCUCUCGCUGUUGCGCAAUGCCGCGGCGCGGUGCGGCGAUCGGCUCGUCUACGCGACGUGCUCGACGCUCCGCGAGGAGCUGUGUGGAAAUCAAUUUUACGGCGCGUUCGUGCUGAAUCGCCGCGUCGACCUCCACGCCAUCGACGCGACGUUGUCGGUUCCUCACCGCCCGACGGAGCCAGCGCAGCCACGUCAUCGCCGAGAAAUGACUUAGUGAAGAAUUAUCGGGUGCACCCGACACACCGGUUGAUUUCCACACAGGCGAGGAGAACGAGGACGUCGUGGCGGCGUUCGACGACGAAUCCUUCGAGCUCCUAGACACGCGACGGCUCCUGCCCGGCCCGUGGCACGACGGGUUUUUUGUGGCGCGGUGGCGACGGCGGUCUGUGUAAGAGUGUUUUCUGUGACCCCUUUUACCAAGAUGAUCCUUACCCAAAGUCCCGCACGUCUGACGGCGGCCCACC